CUGCCUCAGGAGUGCUGGCAUUAAAGACGUGCUCCACUACCUUUUGAACCAGCCUUAUAAAAAAGGGAGUAGAGAUCAGGUUCUGGCACUCUCAAGCCAGUGUUCUCUGUUUCCAUGCCAUCUUUUGAAUAAUUCUCUUUUGAAGGUAUGACUGAUCAACUUUCUGUCUACAACCAAAGAACCAGGUUGAGAGAACCACCUAACCCUAUGCCAGACUCCUCUCAAGAAUCCCGUAAACCCUUGUAACAGUUUGUAGGGAUCAUCUACUUUGCAGUUGAGAAGACUGAGGCCUACCUAAGGAAGUUGAUUACCUUGGCCAAGGUUACACAGCUAAUUAGUAUCAGAGCCAGAAUUCAAACCCAGGCCACAGAAAUUCCUGUCUGUUCCCCCUGAGCACCUUAUAAAAUGUUUCAUUAAAUAAUUAGCCCUGUUUCACAGCUGGGAAGCUGAGACCAGGAGAGGUCACAGAUGUCAGCAGAGGCCAGAUUUUCAUGGGAGUUCCUGGGGACUAGCAGAGCCAGGAGUGGUGGUGUCACCUAUGAGCUCACAAUGCAGCAACCCCUGGGUGGGCGGGAUCAGACCAGGAUUCCUGGUCAGAGAGCAGGGCAGGAGCAGCAUGGGCAGUGGCCUCUAGUGACCUGUCCUACCAUGGGAAACAGCAGUUCCCACAAGAGGACCAAAGCACCCAAUCAGGCCAGCAAGGACAGGCCCCCUGGGAAAGUACGCAUGGAGCCUGGGAGGAGCCGGGGGCGGGGCGGUCACCGGCCCUGUCCUUGGCCGAGGACACGCUCUUCCCUUCUCGACCCCGCCCACCCCUAGACCAAGAUCAAGCUGCUUUUCCCCCUGGACAAGCAGCAGCAGCCGGCCGAGGCAGCGGCGUGCCCGUACGCGCGGCCUGGGAGGCCGGCUGAGGACGCGCUCGGCGCUCCGAUGUGCUCCCCUGUGGUGGCGCCCAUGCUGCGCUGGGCGGGCGACGGCUUGGACAGGCGCCCGAGGGAGAUGAAGAGGAUCCUGGUGCUGUUGCUGCAGCAGGACGCACGGCUGCAGGAGGCGGGGCGGCGGGCGGCGGACGGCCCGGAGGGCGGAGCCAGUGCGGCGGGCGGGGCCAAGGGCUGGCAGCCGCUGCAAGUGCACUUGCUGACCCAGCGCGAGGCUGGCUGUCAAGGCGACCCCCGUGAGGAGCAGCCGCGCAAGCGGCGCCGCUGCCCUCGCCAGCGGCCCUGA